UUUACCGACGUUCCUUGUCAGCCGUGAUCAGCUGAGAACGAUUCUAGCCUACGCUGAAAUGUUGUCAAAUCACAGAUCAGCUGAUCGAGUGUGGAUCUGUCAAACGCGUUCCUAAAUCUCCGCCCACGCAUGUUCCGCGAGAAAAGCAAAAAGGCACACCUUCUCGCGCGCCGUUCGUCGUAAUUUGGGAACAUUUCACAGCGUGAAUCUUAACCAUGUAUCGUUCACGCACGAACUUUCGAAAACGCAAUUGUCGCAGUCUCAUGGCCAAAAUGCAUCAGAUUACGUCAUGCAGGGAAACGAGCUCGAAAACAUUCUGCAUACAUUCACGCGCAUUGUGCACAAAGCUGCACGUACACACGCAUAGAACACGGAUGUAGACUGUAGAGUGUACGUGAUAUAUAUAUACACAAGCAAUUUUCUGAAACAAAGAAAUGGAUACUUGGACGGAUAUACUUGGACGAGAGACAACCGCGGCGCGGCGUAUCGCAAUUGCUUAUCUGCUGCAGUUCUUAUAUUUAUUACCAUCAAAUUAAGUCGCGUCAAUGAAUGCGCUCGCAGGCCGUUUUAUCAAGCAUUCGUCACUGUGUCACCGCGUAGAGAGUGUUUAUAGGCUUUUGAUAAGCCUCGUAGGAAGAUAAUGGACCAAAUGGACCAAACUAUGCCAAAAUGGAGACGCUAUUUGCUCGUGCAACCGCCCCUGAUGCUGCUGCUGAUUGCCUUGACGAUGUCAGGCACUAUCUUGACAGAUCUGAUACUGUACCGUACGUGCCUCGAAACGUUGAGGCUGAACGAAACGGAGUGUCAGAUACUCCAUAACAAUAGCACCAGCGAGGAGGCGCUCAAAAUCGAUUCUAUGGUCCAGCCGUACACGAGUCUAAUUGUGACAGCUAAAGCCUUCUUGCAAAGUAUUUUCCCCUCGAUCCUGUCGUUAUUUCUGGGACCCUGGAGUGACAAGUACGGGAGGAAGCCUCUUAUGCUUUCAGGAUACAUAGGUAUAUCCAUAACUUAUCUUCUGCUCUCUAUAAUGGCUGAUUGGGACGUUGUACCUUGGUAUUUGCUGAUAGCCUUCAUCCCUAGCGCUCUCCUGGGUGGCAUAAGCAUAUUGAUAUUAGCUUCAACGUGUUACAUCACUGAUAUGAUAGACGAUAACGAGCGGGCAUGGCAUUUAGCCUGGUUAGAGGCGCUGUUAUCUCUUGGUGGACUAAUUGGAUUGCUCUCUGGUCCGGUGAUACUUAAGGCAUACGGUUACACCGCUGUAUUCAGUGUCGCAACUGUGCUUUGUAUCCUGGCGACGUUGUACAUAUUACUCUUCGUCCCGGAAACUGUACACAGUCGUACUUCCGGCAUUCGCAAGAUAUUCGACUUGACGCAAGUGAGGGAUAUUAUUAAUGCGUGUGUGAGAAAGAGAAGUGGAUUCAAUAGGUCGUUAGUUUGGAGCUGCAUAGCUUGUCUCACGAUACUUUUGGUUGUCUUUGAGGGCUAUCUCACUAUCGGAUAUCUGUUCACAAACGCACGGCUCGGCUGGACCGUAGAAGAAUACUCCAUUUAUAAUGCUGCAGGUAUUGUGGUGACAAUACUCGGCACGAUAUCUGGUAUUAAAUUAAUGCGGAAAUAUGCAGGAUUUCCAGAUGCUGUGAUUGCCAUAGUGUCUGUCAUAUCGGCUCUUGGUAGUGUCCUGGUACGAGCUUUCACAUGGCAGUCUUGGCAUAUGUAUUUAUCAAUGACUAUAGGAAUGUUUGGCGACAUAUCUCGACCGAUGAUACGUGCUUUACUAUCCAAAGCGGUGCCUACGCAGGACACGGGCAAGGUUUUUUCUGUAGCUACGUCUCUGGAAGCGUUAUUGCCGUUUGCGGCAGCUACUCUGUAUUCUUCUUUCUACACCUACUACAUGCCACCUUUGUACCCACUACCAGUGUGGUUCUUAUCAGCAGGACUCUACGUGAUAACUAUUGUGAUAUUGAUAUAUAUUCAAAGAGAAGUUACACGAAGCGCCACAUCGCCUUACAUCCCAAUAAACGAUGAUAGUGAAUCGAUAUCUUAUCAAGGAAAUGUUUAAUUACAGAUGUCAUUUUGCUAUCUUAACAAGAGAAACAUAUACUAGGUAUAUUUACAAGAUAAAUCAAGUGAUUAGGUAAAUGUGAGAAGAUAAUAAUAUAUUUGUGUGUGUUUUAGCAAUAUGUAAAGCAUAUAUUUUUUUACAUACUUUUAUAAAUUUUAUACAUGAAACUUUUAUAUAAUAUACAUAUGUCUGUGAAUAAGUCAUACGUAUGUCUGUGACAUACAAUCUUUGAAAAUUGUCCCAAUUAUUAGAACAUUAUUUUCAUGUUCCAAUUAUUAUUA